GUUGGCAACUGCUUAAACACUUUGCAGCACACACUCAACCUUCUUUACUUGGCAGCCAAGAUGCAGGAUGUGAGUGGAAUAUUGAAGGAGGGAUUCCUUGUUAAAAGGGGACAUAUUGUCCAUAACUGGAAAGCAAGAUGGUUUGUUCUGCUGCAGGACAAGCUGCUGUAUUAUAAACCUGAUGGAGGCAGGAAGGAGCCUUCUCCUAAGGGCAGGAUCAUUUUGGAUGGUUGUACUAUCACUUGCCCAUGCUUGGAGUAUGAGAACAGACCGCUGGUCAUUAAGCUGAAGACAAAAACCAACACAGAAUAUUUCCUUGAAUCUUGCUCCAGAGAAGAGCGGGACUCUUGGGCUUUGGACAUUACUGGAGCCAUUCAUGCUGGCCACCCAGUGCAGGUUCAGCAGCUUCACAGAAUGAAAAAUUCCUUCAAACUUCCCUCAAACAUCAGCCUCAACCACAUAGUGGACAAAAUGCAUGAUAACAGUAAUGGAAUUAAACUGAUCCCCAACAUGGAACAAGGCAACACAUACAAAGAAAGCUUUACAGGUUCUGCACUGGUGGACUGGCUGAUCUCCAGUAAUUUUGUUGCCUCUCGAUUUGAGGCUGUGACAUUGGCCUCCAUGCUGAUGGAAGAAAACUUCACCAAGCCUGUUGGAGCCCGGAGCACUGAAGCCAUGCGCAAUGGUGAUCUGGCUGAGCAGUUCCUAGAUGACUCCACAGCACUGUACACGUUUGCUGAAAGCUAUAAGAGGAAACUCAGCUCCCGGGAAGAACUGCACCUCCACAUCCUUGAAUUAAGUGGAACAAUUGUAAAACAAGGAUAUUUAGUAAAACAGGGACACAAGAGGAAAAACUGGAAGGUGAGGCGUUUUGUUCUGAGGGCUGACCCUGCUUUCCUGCACUACUACGACCCGACAAAGGAAGAAAACAGACCAGUUGGUGGGUUUUCUCUCCGUGGCUGCCUUGUCUCAGCUCUGGAGGAUAAUGGAGUCCCAACUGGGGUGAAGGGUAAUGUGCAGGGCAACCUCUUCAAAAUCAUCACUAAAAAUGACACUCAUUACUACAUCCAGGCCAGUUCCAAGGCAGAGCGAGCACAGUGGAUUGAGGCCAUCAAGCGGCUGACAUGAGCAAGAUAUGGACUCUGUACCCAAAUAGGGAUCAGGGUGAAUAACUGAUAUUCAUGAGUAAGCUUGCUGCUGUCUUUGCUGGGAGUAUUGACUCUGGGAUGGCUGAUCAUGAGAUGGAAGAGCAAAUCUUUUCAUCCAGGUAUCCAAUCUACCUCUGGCAGAUCCAUAUUGUGCUUCACCCUAAAGCAGAAAAGCCUUACUGAUCCCCCUUUGCUAUGAGACUCGUACAUUCCAGUAGCCCAUGUCUACUGCAGUCAAGGACAGUGGUUGGGCCAGAACCAUCACAAGCACGGGUUUCUGAGGCCACCUCCCUUGACAUAACACCACAGAGUCAUUUGCUUAAUUGCACUCUGAUUGCCUCAGGGAAUACCACACUGGAAAAAAACAGCAAUCUGUCCAUCCACCUACUCCAGGAUCCAGCCUCCUGCUGUGCUGGAAAAACUCAUGGUGCUGUAGGAACAUAGGAUUUGUCAUACCUGAUCAUACCCAUGGCCCAUCUACUCCAGAAUCUGAUCUCUGACAGUGGCCAAUGCUGUAAAUAGAAGAAGAAGAAGAGAACCCCACAAUCCACCUAGGCAGCUGUGUAACAAUGCAUCGUAAGGGGGAGCUUUUCUCCCUGAACCCAGCUGGAGAUCAGUUUGAGUUGCACCAAAGGACUGAUAACUAAUCAUUUAAUCCUAGUUACUGUUGUUUCUACUUCAAACCAAUAAAUGUUGCACUUUUCUAGUAAAAUUGACCUUA